AGCAAAUCUCGAUGGUCGACGGCGGCUAGUUGAGACCGGCAAGCUCUUGCGAAGGUUCUCUCCACAGCGUGAAUUUAUUAUUCUUUUUCAUCGAUUACGAUUAUUGCCAGGACAAGUACAGCUGUAGCUUUUUCUAAAUUUUCAAAGCGGGUGUGUUUUUGAAGUGAAAGAGCCUGAAGAAACUUCUAGCCUUGGACUACAAAGGUUCUUGAGUUUUUUUUAGCUCGCGGUGGAAUUCCAACACUUGGUUCAACAUUUAGAGUUUGUGGCUUCUUAUGUUUUCUGGCUUUCUUCUGGCGAUAAGACUUUCCCUUUCGUUUUCAUCUAAAUCGCUUCAUCUCUGUGAUACCCUUCGCUAUAACAGUCUCUAGAGAAAAAAUUUAAAAGAGCUAGACCUUGUUUUCUUUUUAGAGUUGGUGUGUAAACCGGAACAAAAUGAGACGAACAUUGCUUUCCCUCGGCGUCCUCGCGGCGCCCGUUCUCGCGAAAAAGAAGCACGCCGAGAUUGACGCUAUGAAGCACGACAUACAGGAAGUCUACGCCCGGAAUUUUGACGCCGUCAUCGGUAAGAACGCAGCACAAUUAUUCCGAGCUUCUUAUAUCACGGUGUUUGCUACGACUACUACUUGCUAGUACCACGGUGUAGAUGUAGCAUUGACAGUCCUUGUGUUGUGUGUUGCAGCCCCUUUCUCCGAUUAAGUAUCCCGAGAAAAAAGGGGAGCCGGCUUUCGUCAUCUUCUGAAAAGAAGUUUUUUACGCAUAUCAAUACAUUACACAAACAACAGGUACCUCCCUUCCGCUCACGGUUUCGUCCGUGCUUUACUUCAAGUCUAGCAACAAGGGCGACGCGGCAUUCCUCGAAAAAUACAACGAAGUCGCGAAGAAAACAAAGAAGAUGCUGAAGAUUGCAGCAAUGGACUGCGACGAGGCAGCAAAGCACUGCGAGCGGGUCGGCGUGAAAGAGACACCGCACCUGCAGCUGUACCCCGUGACGCCAAGGCCGCACUUCAAAUACGAGGGCGAGAUGGAGGCAGAAGCAAUUUUGAAGCAGCUCUACAAAUGUAUACGAACUGUUUUUAAUGUUGUGGAGAAUCUUUUCAAUUUCUGUGCAAGGACUUGCACGUCGUCCCAUAGAGGGGCCGGCGAAUUGUUCACCGUGUUGGCAAGACAACGCAACAUUGAGGAUGUCGCCCUCCACUUCGGACUGUCCUUGUUGAGGGCUAACGUGGAGGCUUCAAAGAAACACUACCCGUGCAUUUGUGAAAAAUAAUUUAGAUUGUGAUGCGUUUGUGAUGCGAGCAUGGAAAAAAGCAAAACCAUUCAAAAAAAAAACAGUGAUUCCGGGCGACAAGGUUACACCGCUUACCACCGCGGAAGAGUUCGGCACUUUCAAGAGAAAAAAUCCCACAAAGCCGAAGAUCGUUCUCUUCUCCGACAAGAAGAAGGCACCAACAAUUUUGAAGGGGCUCAGUACAGAUUCCGUCUUCACCCGCACCGUCGAAUUUGGCUUUGUCUUUGCUACGGAGGCAGACGCCGUGGUACUUUAAUGUUGUUUUUAUACGCUUUCCACUUUUUGCGAUAGCGAUUCUUCUGACGGCGCGAAGAAAAUGAAAAGCAAGUGGCAGACUGUAUCUAUACCCAGGGCAAAUGUCGGAAGUAGGAGCUUCCGGUUCGAUGGAAAACCUUGAUGAGAAGAUGAGUGCCCGACGAGCGAGGGUGUAAAUCCACAUUUUUUGGUCAUUUAUCAAUCCCGAACAUAAUUUAUUUUGCCAGAUGAACGAAGCUGGCGCGAAGAAGAAGAAGCUCCCAGCUGUCAUGCUGAUUGCGAAGGGAAAGCAACAGUGGUACAAGGAAAAGGACCUGUCUUUUUCCGCCCUCCAUGAGUGGAUCAACGUCAACAGUGAAUCUGGUACUUUUGUUGAACUUCGCAUACCUACAUUGCGUAUGCAGCAAGAGACGUUAUGUUUUUGUACGAACAGUCUGUUGUCAAUCUCAAUUCGAAUGCAGUGUAUGUGUGAAGACUACAGGGUAUUACGACUCCUAUGUAUGAUGACUCCGCAUCUUCAUGACAUUGACAAUGGACUACGAUGCAUCUUCUUCACAGGUAUGGGCGACACUGUGAAGGGUGUUGACGGCGCGUCCGAGGUGGAGGCAGAGGAGGUGGAGUACGAGAAGGUUCGUGAGCUGCACAGCAAGUCCGCCCAGGAGCUGUGCUACAAGCAGACCAACGUGUGCGCCAUCUUCCUGCAGGAGGGGCCCAAACUGGAUGACAAGGUCGCGGAUAUGAUCAACAGCUUCGAGUCCAAGUUCGCGCCGAAGAACGACCGUGUACGGAUUGUAAAAAUGUCUGGGUCUGGAAGAUUCUGACACUUGUCAUGCACGUUUUGCAUGAGCCCUGAUGUCUGUGAUGCAUGCCCUAGCAUCACGGAUUUUUUGAGAGCUUCUUGAUGCCUAUUCCGCAUGACAAAGGCCCGCUCCGCGCAGCAAAAAUUGCAUUCCUUUUGGUACUCAUGCAAUACAGAUUUUUCUGGAAACCAAAUGCAGCAUCACAAGUUGCAUUCUUCCAGACCCAGACAUUUUUACAUUUGAUACCGUGGUGUGAAAUACAACUGGAUGUGGAUGGACAUCACGCAGGAGCUAUUGAGAGGAAAAAUCCCCCCUCCCCAUAUCGAAACGAAGUUUCUGAUGCUGAAUUUGCGUACACAAUUCACAUUUGUCUUGCAGAAGGUGCUUGGCGGCAUUUUCUGUGCCUGUUUGGGUAUGCAGAAGGCUAGCAAUUGCGCAUAGCAGACAGGUCUGCAGUAGUCAAAAUUGCAUGACAGACUUGCUCUGGAAUGCGUUAAAUGGCUCCUAUGACCCUAUAUGCAAGACAAAGAUGAUUUGUGGCCACAAAUCUGCAUCACAAAUUUUCGUUUUGAUAUGGGGAGGGGGGAUUUUUCAUUUUGAUAGGAGCCGGAAUUCAAGAAGACGCUGGACGAACAGGUAGAAGAGCUUUAUUUUGUGAUGCAUAAAAUAAAAGGUGUGCAAGGCAACUGAUGUGUGUGUUGCAGUAGAGCAACAAAGAAGCCACUUUGCAAAAAUUUGUGUUGCAGUAGAAGCCACUUUGUGUUGCAGCAGAAACCACUUAUUUGCAAAAUUUUUUCCAGUGACUAUGUGUAUGGUAGGACGAUGAAAGACUGAUCAGUCAAAUGCGAAAAGUAAACAUGUCUGUCAACAUAAACAUCCACCUAAUAAAACUUGACAGGAGAAGAAGGUCGCGAAGAAGGAGGACCGCGACGAAGAGCCGUUCCAGUACCCGACUAUGAUCUUCGUGAAGCCGCCCAAGAAGAAGCGCGAGGAGAAGCUGUUGACCUACAUCCGUCUGACCAGCGACGCCAAGGUGAACUCUGAUUCCGUGUCCGGCAUGGUGGAGCGCAUCGCCUCCGGGGCCACCUACACGCGCGCGGACCUCCCGAAAUUCGCUGUGCGGGCCAAGAAGGCCGCGGGCAAAAAGGACGAGUUGUAAGAGUUUUAGAUUUGUAGAUGGUAGUUUAAGUUUAGAAUUGCGGCCGCGAUUUGUUUGAUACAGCUAAAGAACCCGAGACAAAAGAGUAAAAACAAUUCCAAGAGAAGACCGAAUAGUGUACUCUACUGGUGCCAACAAAGUCGCACUGCGCUUCCAUACAAUUGGUCGUUGUAUCGAACAGCUUUAAUAAAUGCAACCGCGGCUUAUUCGUGAAUACACUCAAAUGAACCUUUUCUUCAGAAAUGCUGUAGUAACCUCCUCGAUUCCGGGGGACCAUCACAUGAUGAGACACUUCUGGAAAAAGAACAACUAAAUUGGAAGAAAUGACGAAAUAGCGGUUGCUCCUUUUAGAACGAGGUUACUACGGUCUUCUCACAUCAUCUAAACGUCUAAACGUACACUCAGCAAAUAACCUUUCUAGGUGUUUUUUGUUUUAGGUUUUUGUCAUCAUCAUCAUCACACUAUGGGAACAUCAAUUUUCAGCGGAACAAGAACUCUCAACGGAGUUUUGCACCUCAGUCAGAACAAGUCCUUUUCAGAACCCAGGACAGCACUUAUUUUCAGCGAACACCAUGUCCAACAGCGAUCACAACAGAGAGAAUCGCCUGUGGCGCAUAGUGAAAGACCUUUCAAGUUUUUUGGCAUUACCCUCAAAGAUGAGAACUAGUUUCGGCACGCUCCAAAGCGCUCGACCGCUGUACCGGUUGUACAGGGAAAAAAUCAAGGAGAAG